CCAACAUAAGCACAUUCACAGAUGUCUCUGCACGCGUAGAGCCGUGUCACCCGUCACGACCGAGCAGCCUGCUUCUGUGAGAACCGACGAGCCGCGGACAGAGAGAAUCACAGAGGGACAGAGAGAUACACAGAGAGGUAGAGGGGAUAAGGGAGGGAGGCAGAGCCCGAGAAAGAAGAGGUGAAGAGCGGCAGAGCAAAAACACAUACAUCGCUGCCACUCUGACGUCUCCCCUCAUGCGCCUGUUUCGGCUUGUUUGAGCGCAAAAAAAGAGGAGAGAGAGGGAAGGAAGGGAAGAAACGAAAAUCCUGGGAGCGUGGGUCCUCUCUCUCUUUUUUUUUUAUAUUCCCUUCUUUUUUUUUUCAUCUCCAUCAUCCAAGGCAUGAAGGCGGGUGUCAGCUGGCACGGCAGAAUAAAAGAAAGGGAUGCUUUGACUGCUGCCUCUCUUUCAACAGACAAGGAAGAGGAAGGGGGGUACAACACACAGCAGGGACAAAAACAGGAUUUCUAGAAUGAAUUGGAGUCCUUCUGCCGCAUGCGCUGGGAAUAGCAGUCUCACGCUGAAGUCUCCGAAUGAGCUCCAUCCAUGCAAUCUGGCGUCUUCGUGUUAUGUCCUCUACCCGUCACUGUCAGAUGCACAGACUGAUCGUGGUCGCGGUGGUCAGCCCACGUUAGAGCCACAGCUCGCCGCACAGGGCCAGCCCUGAGGACGUGAAACUGUUGCGAGAGUUUGGAUGUCACCGGGUGACACAGCUUCCUACUGCGUUUGACCGCCUUCAAACUGCACACGUCUCUGCUCUCCAGGCGGCACGAAUUAAUGCAGGCUUGAGACAAAGAGUGGUGACAGUAUCCGAAGGCACAAGGAGCAAAGGAAUACACUGGAGGAGGGGCCUGUGCUUGCUGCAGACGGGCAAAGGACUGCUUGUCUGGACUCAGUGUUGCCCGUCUGCGUGAGUACACACAGCAGAGGAAGAGGAAAUGGUCGGCUGAAGUGUCGUAGAGAACGUCCCCGCUAUGUAUUUCAUCCAGCAUGCAGUGCGACCUUCCCAGUUGCGCAUCACCAGUGGUGCCAUGAUCCAGUUAUAACUGUGGGUAAUGCCGAGCCAAAUAACCAAUCCUGGAGAUGCCGAAGAGAAGAGAUAUUCUUGCCAUCGUGUUGAUCGUGUUACCCUGGACUCUGCUCAUCACUGUUUGGCACCAAAGUGCUAUAGCUCCACUCCUCGCCAUCCGCAAGGCCUGUCACCACCUAGUAAAAGAGAUCUUUAUCAUUCCAGAGAGGCUUGCAGUUCGCCACCACCGGCUCUCAGAUGAUGGUGUCGAGGGCAAGAGGGAGGCUGGUGGCCAGGCACAAGACUCCAAGGAAUACUGUGCCUCAGAUAAGGACAUUGUGGAAGUGGUGAGGACAGAGUAUGUGUAUACGCGGCCUCCACCCUGGUCCGAUGUGCUGCCUACCAUCCACAUCAUCACCCCAACAUAUAGUCGACCGGUGCAGAAGGCGGAGCUCACACGGCUGGCAAACACCUUCCUCCAUGUUCCCAACCUGCACUGGAUCCUGGUGGAGGACUCCCAAAGGAGAACGCCUCUCGUCACGCGGCUCCUCCGAGAAACGGGGCUUAACUACACCCACCUCAAUGUAGAGACGCCCAGGAACUAUAAGCUGCGGGGUGACACUCGGGACCCCAGAAUCCCCAGGGGAACCAUGCAGAGGAAUCUGGCCCUGCGGUGGCUGAGGGAGACCUUCAACGCAAACAGCAGCCAAGCUGGAAUCGUCUACUUUGCAGAUGACGACAACACUUACAGUCUGGAGCUGUUCGAGGAGAUGAGAUCCACUCGGAAGGUUUCAGUGUGGCCUGUGGCCUUUGUGGGCGGCUUGAGGUACGAGUCCCCCAAAGUCAAUGCGGCCGGAAAGGUCUAUGGCUGGAAGACGGUGUUCGACCCCCAUCGGCCAUUUGCUAUCGAUAUGGCUGGCUUUGCCAUCAACAUGAGGCUCAUCCUCUUUAAACCGCAGGCGUAUUUUAAGCUUCGCGGGGUGAAGGGAGGAUACCAGGAGAGUAGUUUGCUACGGGAACUUGUCACACUGAACGACCUGGAGCCUAAAGCAGCCAAUUGCACUAAGAUACUCGUUUGGCACACAAGAACAGAGAAACCUGUCCUUGUAAAUGAGGGGAAAAAGGGAUUCACAGACCCCAAUGUGGAGAUUUGACCAUUUCCCCACAGACCACGGUGGUUGGCCUUGGACCUGCGGAGGAAGAAAACGGCUGAGUCUCUUGAUGAGUGCAACCAGCGCUUAUGUCUUAAUCAUCAGGAAAAAAGGAAAUGGGGGGCCUUUGAAGGGGGAUUUAAUCCUCUUGACUGAAUCUGACAUUUUUAAAAUAUGGACUAAAACAGUACAGAUGUACCAUAUUAAAGCACAGAUUAAUAAGAGGCUGCAGUUAUUUGUCAGGUCUACUGCUGAAGUGCAGAGGAGAGGACAUCAUGGACGCCUCACAGGGUCGGCGUGGACAGACAUGACCUGCACCUUCACGGUACAACGGCCCGCUGAGGACAAGCUAACAAAAGAGACAGCACAACAUGACAAGCAUACAGCCAGCGGAGUCAACCAAACAAGCAGGUUAAAGAAUAUCCUUCACCUCGGAAAGAAAAACUAAGGAAAUAAAACCCACAUUGUCUGCAUCUGCACAUGGUUCAAGAGAGAAAUCGCACGGCCUACAUUAUCAGCCUGGAGAAAAGCACGACACCAAGGACAAAUGUGGAUUUUUCCUUUGAGCAAACACAAACAUGGGAAGGGAAGGAAUGUUCUUUUUAUAACUGUACAAUGUUUGCAUUCAUUUAAUUUAAUCUGUUCGAGUGUUUCACAAGAACUUGACUUGCUAGUUCAAUACUACUGACUCUUACAGUACCUGCAUUUACUCUUGGGUUACCAUUGUUCAUUUUAACUCGUGCAUUUAAGCCACCCCCCCCCCCCCCCCCCGUACACUUGAAGAGAGACUGCUGUUUGAAAUGUACCCCUUUGUUGUGCUUGGGAGCUGAAACGUACACGUACACAUCAAAAUCCUAACACUUCUUAGCACUUAAAAAAUACACAUAUGAUGUUCCUUUGUGGCAACAUGUGUACAUAGUCAUUCAACAUGAGAACCAUCAGACGAUUGAUGACAAAUUUUGACAAAAGCAUUGUAAUUACUGUAUUUAUAUGUAAAACAAAAAAGGAAAAAAAAAGAUCUUCUCUUUCCCCCACAACGACACGCGACAAGGCACAGGUUCACUCUAGGUUCAACACAUGGAAAGAGUAAUAGCACAUCACCAAUUUCAUUUGGUAAUAGAAACUCCAGUUUGUGACACAUUCAUAAUGCAGAAUCAGCUUCACUGUAGACUCAUGAUUUCGGAGCUAAUUGCCAUGUAAGCUUUCAUAUAAAGUGUAAUGUUUGACAUUGCGGGGGUAAAAGUGUGUCACUUUAGAGAGCUAAUAUUUCCCCUCGUCUAUGCACGCUCACAUGUCCACGAGCCACCGGUUAACAAUGGUCCGCUGUGUGCAAGUAUAAAAAAAGUGUAGGAUGAAACGGCAUCAAAGUCAGCAAAUUUAGCUAUUACCAAGCUUGUCAGUCCCUCUCCUCUCGAAGAACAUAUAAAUUCAGAUCCUCAGGCACCUGCUGACUUUUAACACAGCUCACCUUCGAACAGCUGGUGUAUGUUAUGAAGGAUAGAUUACAAUUAUUUAUGCAUGGCCCCCAUAUAUUUUGUUUUUUAUAAAAACUUUGGCUUCCACGUUUGACAUGAGAGAAUACACACGACUCUCAACUGACAGCAGGCUAAAAGAAAAAAGAAAAAGCACAACAAAAUCUUAUUUUUGCUAAUGAUUUGGUAGCAACGUUGACGUGCCAUCUUCAGUAUCGUGGAUUGAUGUCUCAAGGUUUAUUUUAGUAUUGGUAUCCAUCCGUUGUGCGUUACCUGGAUCGCAGAAGGGAGUCACCGCACCUCUAACGAUAUACAUCAGCAGCUAUGAUGCUGUACAGCUGAACACUGUAACAAAGUUAUUCUACACCUCGUAUAAUAGAAUCUCUCCUCUUCUUGAUAAAUCGUCUGUCUAGUGCAAUACGCAGUGGUUGUUCUUAUCUUACAUUGCCCAGCAGAAGUAGCUGGAGAUAAUUCAAACACUGAGCCUCUGUUCUGUUGCCAGAUUAUCUCUGUGCACCCUCCCCUUCAACACACACACAACCCAAAAUACACUGCUGCAGUAUGAAAACUUACAAAGACGUUACAGCCUCUCGGGCUCAUCAGCCGGGGAAACCGUGCUAUUACAUAUUUCACUUGGAAUAAGAUAAGAUACACAUACAGACAAUGGCUGUAUUGUAUCUCUCAUCAGACUGGCUGUUUCCAUUGACUGCAUGAUAUUACGCUGCACAGGGAUGGGCCAUGGAGAUCACAGACUAUCUUUGGAUUUGUUCCUACUCUUCAACUUGCCUCCCAUUAUUUAUUUAAAAAAAAAUCAAAUUUAAUAUAUUUAUUUAUGUAUUUAUUUCAAGUGUGGAUGUGGAAAUUGAAUCAUCGCAGUGUUUUCCCUUAAAUCUGCAUUUUCCAACUGCUGCCUAAAAAAAGCAUGCGCGCAUACAGUGUAGUGUACACAUGGACUAUCAUACAGAUCAAUAAUAAGUUAGUGCUCAGACACACACACACACACACACACACACACACACAUCUUCGUUAUAGCAUUGCUGCUGAUCUAAAUUCUACUCGAGAGGUCAUUAUCGGCUUUUAAUCUAAAUGAAUGAAUCCACCUGAAAUGUUUUGAGCGCUGAAACUAAUAAAGAAUCCAAAAUAAAAUAAAAACACACCAGCUUAAUUUGACCACUAAAGGUUUCAUAUGAAAUUCUGUAUGUUGUAUAACAUUUAAGUUCCCGCUCUCCUCUCUGGUCAAGAUGCAGGCGAACGUCACGCGGCUUUUGGUUGAAUAAUAUUCUGUGAUGUUUCCUCUCUGUGGUGUGUCCUGAUGCAGCAGACAAACAAAUUCAAAAGGGCUUCACCUUAAAAAGUGAUGAUGUUACAACUUUGUCCGACAAGCAAUAGCUCUAAUACUCACAAAUAAUUAGUCUACUAGAACCAACCUACCUAUACAUCAACUUUAGCAGUGCAGGUUAUUAAGUAUUUAAUGUCAGUUAAUGAGCAUUACCCUCUGAGGGGCUUCUUUAAAAGGCACAAUACACUUUAUACACAAGUCCUCUCUUUUCCUCAUCUCCACUGUCAUUCCCCUGCCUCAUGUGAUUCACAUUUUAUGCAUGUGACUCUUAAGGUUGUUUAUUUGCCACAGCAAUUCUGUCUCAGAGAAAGAUGUUAGUUGAAUCAAGAGAAAUAAAUAACUGAGAAGAACCUCA